AUGGCCACUCUGGGAGGCUACCUCAACAAAAAGGUCCUGAUCGUGACGGCAGACUCGCGAAUCCUUGUUGGGGAGCUGGCAGCAUGUGAUGCGUCGACAAAUCUGGUUCUGAAAAACGCCUUGGAGAGGAUUAUCCGAACACCUGACGAUCCGGAUCCAUCAGCCGAGGUCCCUCUGGGGUUGUAUCUCGUACGAGGCGACAACGUUUGCUCAAUUGGCCUUGUCGACGAAACGCUAGACGAGAGCAUAGACUGGACACAAGUAAAGGGGGCGGUAAUAGGAGGAAUUAAACACGUUUAG